GGGAGCUCGCGCGCUGGGUGCGAAUGCGUGGCCGUCGUGCUUGCAUUCUCAAAGCGAGACGAGCGACCAUCGAUUGAUCGCGGAGCGCUGAGAGUGGAACCACACGCGGGAGGGGCGAUGUGGACCCCGAGGCGGUCGUGACCAUGGCGGACGAGAAGAGAGGAAGGCUGCAGCGUUGAGCCUGCUCAAGAGGCUGGUCUCGGAGAGGAAUGAGAGGCUAUGGCAAUGUCAUUGUCAUCGCAAUGCUCCCGGGUCCAAGUCGGAGUAGUCCGAGUUACGAACCUCACCAUCGUUUCCACUUCGACGCGGUCUUGUCUUCGCUCCGGGGAGGAGCCUUGGGCGGCCUUCGUUGGUAGCUGUCGCAGGUGUAGGGGAUCGAAUUUGAAGGUGGUGGAUUGUGCAGGGUUGUUGCAUCGGCUUGGGAAGUCGCCGGCAGAGAGGCGAGGGGCGGGGUUCUUUAUCGCGAGGGAGAGUGCGUCGAAGCAUUGUAGACCGCAGCUGAAGAGGUGUGCAGUGGUUGCUAGGUUAUUCAGUCCGGGGGAUUUUGACGCUUCAAAGCUGACAGCAAAAUUUGAAGGUGGUACAGAAGUCAUAAAAGCGAAAACUGUUGAGGAUCUUCUACCUCGCAAGUACACCCUAACGCACAGUGAUGUCACGGGGGAGCUAUUACUUUCUAUUGGCCCCUCUUUUAAUCGACGACAACUUACAGACUGGUAUACACGGCUGAUGAGGGAUGAAAUAGUCGCAGAAUGGAGAAUACGUGAGCAGAUCUCUCUCCAUGUCCAUUGCCACGUAAGUGGGGGCCACGUUCUUCUCGCACCAGCUGCUCUUCGAAAUAGCAUAUUUGAGCGAGAAAUGCCUCUGGUUCUGGAAGCAAUUCGGUACGGUGACAAAGACGUCCUUGCUGAAUUUCCAGAACUCCAUACGAGCACUGUGUGGGUGCACUUCCACUCAUCCGACCCUGCGUAUAAUCGGGCCGAUUGCUGGGGUCCAUUAUUCUAUGCAGCGUGCCCAGUUAGUCGAGCGACUGGCAAAUUGGUGCCAUACUGUAUUUUGGAACCUUUCACGCCCCUCAAACUGAUGGAUGUACGAAAGGAUCCUGUCGAGCUCUGCUCAGCAAUGUCUCCGUAGAACUUCGAGUUGAACCUGCCUGUAGUUGUGAAUGUCAUUGUAAUUAAGUUGAUGUUUCGAAACCAAUUCAUUCUUCAAGCACUUUUUUGAAAGUUUUCUUACAUUGUACUUCAGACUGGUGCUUGAAGGUGAUGAAACAUCAAUGUUAGAGAAGAAAGUUUAAACAAGCAGGCUUUGUACACUAGGCAGUCUAAAUCACCACUAAGGCAGAUCAUGAAAUUGUAGACAGACAUGAUGUGGCAUUUCAAGGCUCCUAAUUUACUUUGAUGACUUGUUGAGUAGGUUGCCUACUGGUUGUGUUUGAUCAGUGCUCUCUACUUGUACAAAUCCAUUUCCACAUGCCAUGCCAGACUUCACUAUUCUAGAAUUGAUAAGACACACUUGAACCUUGAAGAUAUUAAUUCAACUUGACACCUAUUUGUCUGA